AUGUUUUGUAAUCAUAAAUUUUCUGGGUACGACUCGAUUGAGUUGUAUGUCCUGCUCCAACAACCAAACGAGAGCCAGGUUGUUGAUCCCAUCGAAGUAGAACAAGCUGAGGUCGAUGUAAUUGAUGAAGACGAAGAAGAUCCAGAGUUAGCAUUUGAUGAUAUGGUGAACGAUGAUUCUGAAGACGAUGUUGAAGGUGUAAUACCUCCAAUUUCAACAUCCACACCGCCGUCUCACAUGUCGAACAUUGACAUGGCAGGUGAUGAACCCUCAUCAGACAUAUUCCACAACGUCUGCAUGCAGUCAGAUGCAACUUUAAAAGAGAAAGAUGGUUUUCGUUCGAAGGAUGAGUGCAUGCGAGCAAUAAAAAAGUUCCACUUGUUAAACUCUGUGGAUUUUAAAAUGGACCGAACAAAUGCAGAACGGUACAAAAUCAAAUGUACCAAUUCUGAGUGUUUGUUCAAGCUUACUGCUUCAUACAGGUUGAGAAGUGAUUCAUGGGUGAUAGGCAAAAUUUCUCAACCUCACACUUGCAUCAACUCUUGUCGCUCGCAAGAUCAUCGUAAACUAAGUUAUGAUCUGAUAUGUCAAGAAAUCUUACCUCUCAUCAACAAUGAUCCAUCGUUGAAGGUGAGAACAAUAAUUUCUCACAUCACUAAAGUAUACAACUAUACGCCCUCGUACAGGAAAUCAUGGUUAGCAAAAACUAAGGCGAUUGAACAAGUAUACGGUAAUUGGGAGGAAUCAUACAAAGAGUUACCCCGCUACCUAAAUGCACUCUGCACAUAUGCACCCGGUACUGUUUAUGAGAUGGAAACAUUGCCCGCGUAUGCCCCAAAUGGUACUCUUGUCAACGGAAAUGGAAUAUUUCGUCGUCUAUUCUGGGCCUUUCAACCUUGCAUCAGAGGGUUUGCAUUCUGCAAACCUAUUAUUCAAAUAGAUGGAACGUGGUUGUACGGAAAAUACAAAGGCACCCUACUUAUGGCACUCGCACAAGACGGAAACAACAAUGUCUUCCCAAUUGCAUUCGCUCUAGUCGAGGGAGAGACCAGUGGAGGUUGGAGUUUCUUUCUCAAAAAUCUCAGAACACACGUGGCUCCACAAGUUGGUCUCUGUUUGAUCUUUGAUAGACAUGCUUCUAUUGUGAGUGCAUACAAUAACCCGGCUAAUGGUUGGCAUGACCCCCCUUCUACGCAUGUCUUCUGCAUUAGACAUAUUGUACAAAAUUUCACGCGAGAAAUGAAAGACAGGGCUCUUCGAAAAUUGGUUAUGAACACAUGGUAUGCAUUAACUCAACCAUCUUUCAAACAUUACCGUAGAGAGAUCAGAUUGUCAAAUCCAGAUGCAGGAUGGCUUCAUUGUUUGCACAAAGAGGUGAAAGGUGGGACGUUGUGUUACGAGCUGGACAAUUGUGGAGUGAAUGUUGCACAAGAUUUAUCAAGGCAGAAGGUGCGAAGGCCAACACACAUAUGGUUACAAGCAUGUGCCCAUUCUCACUUAGAUGCAUUAGCACUCCUGUCUCCCAUUUACAAGUCUGAGACCUUGCUCCAUGUAUACAACAAUGGCUUUGCAGUGGUAGCAAAAGAGGAUUAUUGGCCUGCGUACGAGGGGGAAAUUGUUUGGCAUAACGACCAAAUGCGGAGAACUAAAAAGGGUUGUCCCAAAAGCAAGCGUAUCACAACUUAA